CGGAAGUGCUUCACGCACAUUCGCUCCGCGCCUUCCUGAGAUUGACACUCAGAGGCUUCCGUCCGUCAGACAUAUUGUCCCAGAGGAGCCGGGAGAGGCCCUGAUAGACCGGGGACAGCAUGGGUGAGAGCCGAGGGCGAUUACAGCGAAAGUGGGGGAGGGGGUCCUGUAUCUCAUAGCUCGUUAUUAAUCGUUAGACGCCGCACCGUGUAAAGUGCAGGGUGACUCAGAGAGAGAGAGGGGGGUACCCGGGCUGCAGUAACCCCACCUGCCCACCCAAUGGGCGAGGGGCUCUGCUGGCCGCCGGUCUCCUGUCAUGUCGGUAACAGACCGCGAGCUGGUCUGACCGGGCGACCUCCGCCUCUUACCGGUCACUAGACAGACACCGUGUGCUGCCAGCCGAGGGAGUGACUGGCUAUUACUGUAAUCACAGACACACACACACACACACACACAGACACACAGACAGGGGCUCUAUUCACUAAAUGCAGGAAAACUGCUAAACCUGACCCGGGACAAGGAACUUUCAGACUUUUCCCAAAUGCACUAUUUAGGCCGAAACUUUGCAGUUCUAUCUUCAGUUCUCUAAUAUUCGGGGUUUAGUGAAUAAUACACCUCCCUUCCUUCCUUACACACAUAUAUACAAACUAACUGAAUAUAUGACUCUCUAAGCACACAUACAAGCUCUCACUCAGUCUAUACCAUCGUAUUAUACAGGAUUAUUUAGCAAGGAUCGCUUGAAAAUAUUUCACUUGCCCUGGUUUGAAUAAUUCCCCUCUAGCUCUUUUAAUAUGAAAGUAAAAUAUUGAUAUAGUAACUGAACUCUGCAAGAUAUUUGUAUACAUGUUAAAAAUUAUGAACAGGCUUUGUUGAUAUGUACUUAAUUUGUCAAAUGUAUUGUGUCAGGAUUAUUUGUCUGGUUUCAUCUAUGGUACAACUAUGCAGAAUAUGUUGCCAUUAUAUAAAUGACUUGUAUAUUGGCACCAAAACAGCUGAAUUAAGCAGUUUGGAUGUAUAGAUCAUGCCCCACAUUCUCAAUGCUCAAUUCUCUGUCUUUUACAAGCCUGCAUAGAAAAACAGUUAAAGGGACUCUAUAGACACCCAGACUACUGUAUCUCAUUGAAGUGGAUAGGGUGCAAUGCCCCUGUCACCUGCAACGUUAAUUAUUGCAGUGUCUGAGAGUACAAGACACACUUACCAUCUUCUUGCCCCCCUUACUUUGGUUAUUAGAGACUUCACUUCAUCCAGUGGAUAACAGUAGAAAACGGGGUCCAUGAAGGACCCAGCAGAAUGCAAUCCUUUAUGUUGUCUUGCACAUGUGAGGCAUCUAUUGCGCAUUGUGCAAGACGAUGCCUAUUCCUGUCUGUUGCCACAACUGACUGAAGUGGUGGUGAAAACUUUUAUAUGAGGCAAAUUAAUCCCUAAUUUAUCUUAUGUGCAUAUAUCUUUAUAGAGUUGAAAUUUCACAGGAAUUACAAUACUGUCAAAAAGAAAUGCUUUUCAUAAAGAUUCUGUCUUUAUAAAAAUCUCAAAAGUGACAUUCUUUAACCUGCAUUUCAUUGAUUUGGAAGCUUCUGAUGCCAAAUCUAUAGCUGAGAAAUUCAUACAUACAAGUCAUUAAAAGAUUUUAUAGAGUUAGAGUUAUAGUAAUCUUUAUUUUACUUUAAGUGUCAGUGAAAGAUAACUAUUCCCUAUUAAUAUAUACAUUAUCUAAAAAGAUUCUAGGCAUAAUAUGUAUAGUCUAGAGCAGAUGUAAAGCGCAACUAACAGUCAAUAAGAUCUUCAGUAAAGUAUGUUUUGAACUGAGAGACCUUGUCUCUGUGCGUGGGAUGAAAGGAAGAAUCCAGUUUAGUUGAACUUUGGACCACUAAGAUUCUAGAGUUUAAUCUCUGCUAUUACAUGAGUCUGAAAUUGUGUUAAAUGCAGUAAAAGAUUACUCUUAAAUCUUUGUUAAAGUAACACUAGUCACCAGAACAACUACAGCGUAAUAUAGUUGUUCUAUUGUGCAUAGUAUGCCCCUGCAGGCUGUUUAAUGUAAGCACUGCCUUUUCAGAGAAAAGGCAAUGUUAACAUUACAGCCUAGGAACACUUCAAGUGACAGUCACUAAGACACCACUGUCCGUUAGUUUUCCAUGCAUUGCAUGGAGACACUUAAUGUACCUUAUAGAGAUGUAUUUAUUCAGUGCAUCUCUAUGAGGAGUUCCUGAUUGGCGCGGAGUAGGGAUCGACCGAUAUUGAAUUUUUUUAGAGCCGAUACCGAUAAUCUGUGAACUUUCAGGCCGAUAACUUGCCGAUAUUCUGUACAUUUACCAUUUUGAAAAAAUAAACAAUUUCUAAAGGUAAAUGCACAAAAUAUACAUGCCACAUGUAGUGGAUGCAGUGUGUUUAGACAGGGAGCUGUGUUUGUUUGUGUAGUGGAUGCAGUGUUUAUUUGUGUAGUAUGUAUAUAAUGAAUGCGGGGUGUGUUUGUGUAGUGUGUAUAGUGAAUGCAGUGAGUGUGUGUGUAUAGUGAAUGCAGUGAGUGUGUGUAUAGUGAAUGCAGUGAGUGUGUGUAUAGUGAAUGCAGUGAGUGUGUGUGUAUAGUGAAUGCAGUGAGUGUGUGUGUAUAGUGAAUGCAGUGAGUGUGUGUGUAUAGUGAAUGCAGUGAGUGUGUGUGUGUCUAGUGAAUGCAGUGCGUGUGUGUGUCUAGUGAAUGCAGUGAGUGUUUGUGUAGUGUGUGUGUCUAGUGAAUGCAGUGAGUGUUUGUGUAGUGUGUGUGUCUAGUGAAUGCAGUGAGUGUUUGUGUAGUGUGUGUGUCUAGUAGAAUGCAGUGAGUGUGUGUGUGUAUAGUGAAUGCAGUGAGUGUGUGUGUAUAGUGAAUGCAGUGAGUGUGUGUGUAUAGUGAAUGCAGUGAGUGUGUGUGUGUCUAGUGAAUGCAGUGCGUGUGUGUGUCUAGUGAAUGCAGUGAGUGUUUGUGUAGUGUGUGUGUCUAGUGAAUACAGUGAGUGUUUGUGUAGUGUGUGUGUCUAGUGAUGCAGUGAGUGUUUGUGUAGUGUGUGUGUGUCUAGUGAAUGCAGUGAGUGUGUGUGUGUCCUGAGUAGAUACAGUGAGUGUUUGUGUAGUGUGUGUGUCUAGUGAAUGCAGUGAGUGUUUGUGUAGUGUGUGUGUAUAGUGAAUGCAGUGAGUGUGUGUGUGUAUAGUGAAUGCAGUGAGUGUGUGUGUAUAGUGAAUGCAGUGAGUGUGUGUGUGUAUAGUGAAUGCAGUGAGUGUGUGUGUGUCUAGUGAAUGCAGUGAGUGUGUGUGUGUCUAGUGAAUGCAGUGAGUGUUUGUGUAGUGUGUGUGUCUAGUGAAUGCAGUGAGUGUUUGUGUAGUGUGUGUGUCUAGUGAAUGCAGUGAGUGUUUGCGUAGUGUGUGUAUAGUAAAUGCAGUGAGUGUUUGUGUAGUGUGCGUAAAGUGAAUGCAGAGCGUGUUUCUGAAGGGAUGUAAUUUGUGUAAAAUGGGGGAGGGCAGGGGGGCAAUUUUAAUUUUAUAUAUAUAUAUAUAUAUAUAUAUAUAUAUAUAUAUAUAUAUAUAUAUUUUUGUCCCCCCUCACUGCUUGUUACCUGGCCAGGGAGGGGGGCUAUACCAUUCCCUGGUGGUCCAGUGGCAUGUACUGUGCAGUGGGAGCCCGCAGCACACUCUUACUUACCUUCCCAGCAGCUCCCUUCAACUCCCUUUGUAAAUCUCGCUGUCUGCGUGCCGCGAGGAGUGUUGCAUUGGUAACCCGUGGCAACGCUCUGACGGCCGCGGGACUCGUAAGAUUUACACAGGGAGUUGAAGGUAAGUAAGCGCUUGCUGCAGGACCGCUGGGCUUGUAAUGGGCCCGGUGGUCCAGUUAUGUAUUAUCGGCAAUAUCGGAAUCUUUAUAUAUUGUCAAAUACCGAAUAUCGGCUGAUAAUAUCGGCUGAUAAUAUCGGCUGAUAAUAUCGACAAAACAGAUAAUCGGUCAAUCCCUAGCGCGGAGCAACAUAUAGCCUCCAAUGUUCAAAAUUGAUUCUCAGCCAAGGAGGCGGGGCCAGCCGCCACAAGACCGGUGUGGCGUGGCAAAAAAACUAAAAUACCUUUGGGACAGACGAACCUGACAACUAAGAGGUGUUUUCACACCUAUAGUUUCAGGAAUAUGUGCUUGUAUUUCUGACCCUACAGUGUUCUUUUAAAAGACCACUAAAGGUACCCAGGCCACUUCAUUUUGAUGAAAUGGUCUGUGUUCCGUGGCUCUGUUGUUUUAACCCUCCAAUGUAAAACAUUGCAGGUUUAUAGAGCGUUUUACAGACAGUCACUAAAGGCACUUGCGCAUUGAGAAUCAAGUCAAACUCCGUUCUCCAUCAAAUGCUGUUUAUACAGCAGCAUAUGAUUGGUGCAGUGUGGAGCUUUGCCUUCCAUUGUUUCCCUAAGGAGGCAGAGAUUGUCAAGAUCUAAAAGGUAAGUAAGUUUUGCUUUUCAUAGCCUCACAGGAACAGAAAAGCUAAAUAGGUAGAUUUAAACUUUAGCAUGUAUUCCUAAUGCUAUGUAGUCUAAUGAAAAGAAAACACUUCUUUAUGUAGAAUUUAUGGUCAGUGAAAAGCAAGUGCCUAUAUAGUUAUAAUACAUUAAAUAUGAGCCAUGCAUGUCAUAUAUUUUUUUUUGAUUGUAGGCAUUCACAAUAUUAUUAUGCUAAUUAUAAGCUAGAUGAUUUUUCUCAUCCCUUAUUUCAUCAACUCUUUAAAGCGGACCUGUCUUCUGUAUGAUUAUCACGCAUUAAAAAAUGUUUAAUAAAAAUGUAUGCGUUGUGAAUUUUUUUUUCUGUCUGUGUUCCAUUUUAAUACUAUACUUAGAAGCUACUCUAUCUUAAGUAUAGUUAUUGUAAUGGUUAAGAGGCAGCCAUUAUUCAUAUACCAUUGAUGAUAACAGCCUCUUCUAAUACAGUAUGCAUACCAAAGAAAAUGCAAGUGUGGCAUGAGGGAUCUUAAACUAAAGUAGUCUCAUCAAAAGACAGUUAAGGGUUACAGGGGUAAUAUGGCAAAGUUGAACAGUCUUACCUCUCAUGAUCCUAUUAAAUGUACCAUCUUAUAUAAAUGUAUUAAAAUUGAAAAUCUUAAACUGCGCUGUCAUUAUCUAUGUGCAUUUUGGCUAAAAAUGCAGAAAAUAGGUCCGCUUUAAACAGAAACAGAUCUGUAGCUUGGGCUACAAAGUCUAUUUACCACUCUAUGUACAAUUGCUAAACACGCGCAGCUUUGUGAUGGAAGUAAACCGUGUGAUGCUCAUUCAGGUUUUGGCACUCGUAGCAUUAUUUCUCACAAUUGCUGGAAUUGCAAUUCCAUUAGAAAAGAAAGUAUUACAGUUUAGCCCACAUUUACAGGUUAUACUCUACUUGUUUUGCAGCUUUUACAGUACAACCUUGGAUUGUGAACAUCCUUUAGUCAUGCAGAGAGAAGAUUCUUCUUGUUUAGGUAGUGAGGUAAUCAAACCAGAUGUGGAUACCUAGGAACCCAUCACGAUCAGUAACCGUUUUGUAUGCCGAAUGAAGGAGACAAAAUAUACAAAAUAUAGGUGUAGGGUACCAAAGUUAGUGUGCACCAAUUCCUUUUAUUGAAUGAGUCAUGGGAUUAAAUGUGGAUUAGCAUAUGAUUGCAAUAUGUUCUAUUCCUAGGGAAUUUGCUUCACAUAUGCAUUUUGAGUAUUGGAUCUUUGUUUGAGACAUUUCAUACCCACUACUAGAAAUACAUAAUAAUAAUAACAAAGUAUUUAACAAGGAAAGGUACAUUCAGAUUACUCUGGUUUUCAAGUACGUCCUGGGGAUGUUACUUUUGCCCAACAUCCAGGGGUUUCAGUUGUGUGAUAUUUUGUAAUGACCUGCAGUGAGACCUUCCCUCUCUUAUUUCCUUCAUUGUCUCCUUUUCAUCCCUGCCUUCCCUUCUAUUCUUUUUCUUCCCUUCCUUUUCUUCCUUUCCUUAGUUCCUCUCCCCAUUAACUGCUGGUUCAUUAGUUUAUGUAUGUGUGAAAUUAGUGUGGUAGUUUCCAGUAUCCGUAAGUAAUUGGGAGAAAUAUAGACACAGUUAUGGAGAAGGCUUUUUGGAGUUAAUCUAUAAGACGUAAUUCUAGUUGUAUUUAAGAAAUGUAUCCACAUCACUAUAUCUCCUGCUUAUUUCAGAUACUUGCACUAAGUUGGAACAUACAAUUUAUCAUGCUUUUAAAUAUUGUGAGUAAACUCAUGGGGUAUGCUAGCCUAGAGUUCAUUCAACAAGAAGAGGUAUGAAAAUUAUUUUCUUAUCUAACAUAUAUAGUUUCCUAAUAGAGGAAAUCCUACAAACAUGACAUUAACAAACCCUGUAGAAAAGUUCACCUACAUAGAAAUAUUUAUGCACUUACCAUUUUUUGAGUAUUAUUGGCUACACUGGAGCUACUGUUAAUCAUUUAUUUUUACCAUGUACAGAGAAAAAAAAUUAUCUUGCAAUAACUGGAAUAGAAAGGGAUCUCAUUAUCAGGAAUUCAUUUACUCCCUUUAGUGUAUACUCAUUCAGAUGUACUUUUCUCACUCUUACUGUUUCUAUAGUUUGUAGUUGAUCAUAUAACAUAGUCAGCAGGAAUUGUGAAAUCAUUACAUGUACCAGUAAUGCAACUUGUGAUGCUAUCUGUGCCAGUGGUUAUGCAUAUUUGUUAUCAAUUAUAUGAAUCAGGGUGGAUAAAAAUAAAUGAUUUAUAAAAAAAUAAAUGCUUUUGGAUCAAAAAUCUAUAUAAAGAUUGUAUUCAAUUUAAGAUCCAUAAUAGUGCACAGGUUAUUAUGUUGGAAAUAUGGAUUAGUCAAGGGGUUUGGAAAAAGUCUACUCGUCCAAUGAAAACACUCUUUAGGCCCCUGGCCCUCCAUAAGCAAUUUAAAAGCUGAGUUUAGUAGGCAGCAAUGUAAACUCUCUGAAAAGGCAGUGUUUAUAUAGUGGCUAUAUAAACCAAAACAGCUACACUAGCAUUGGGCAUUGAUAGGGUUAGUCACUAAAUUCCACAUUUCUGCAAAUUAUUUAUAUCCACAUUUAUCCAAAUACAUAAACUGACUGAAACAAUAACAACAUUUCUUUUUUGUUUGUUAAAAUUCAAAGUUUAGUGAAUAACCUUGAGUUUCUCGCUAUCUGCCACCUAUACUGUGCGUGGUGUGUGCUAACUGGAUCUAAUGUGUGUUAUGUCUGUGCAAGCUGUGAGUUGUGUGUUGGCUGCUUGUAAUGUUCAGGUGCGUAAUGUUUGCUGGCUUUGUAAUAUGCUUGGUGUAUGUUUGCUGGCAUUGGUCCUUUAGGUUUAACUAGUAGAUUUUUUUUUAAAUUCUUCUUUUUGCAAAUUUUACUUGAAAUACGUCACAGACAAGUACGCAGUUCAAGGUUAGUCAUGUACAUUGAUUACCAGAAGAGAGAGAUAUGAACUGUUGAAUAUACAUCACACACAUAUAACAGAUUUUAAAAGACUGAGCAGUUUGAGCAGGACUCCAGGUCUUUUUAGGUUACAUAACCAUAGAGAGGACUAGAGGAAUAUUUCUAUAUGUGGAUUAUCAUAACAGAGAACGGGUCUAGAUUGUUUGGGUUAGUCAUAUCGGGUUGUCUAACCAACGUAACCAUUUUUUAAUCAAAUUUUUAAAUGGCUAUCAUAUUGGUAUUUAAGCUGUUAGCAGUAGAGUCCAGGAUGGGAUUUUUUUCUGUAACCAAUAUCUUGAGGUUUCUAUCUACUCUAUUAUAUGGCCAUCAUAAGUUGAUUUAUUGGAUACCUUUUUUGAGUUGAGAAUUUUCUUAUAUUAAAAUGAAAAAGAGCAACCAAAAGUUAUAUUCCAAAUGUUCUCCCACUAAGUCUGAUAUAACUCUAAAUGCCUGAUUCCAUAUAGGUCUUAAAAGCUUACAUCCCCACCAGAUAUGUUUAGAGCUACCUUCUACACAAUUACGUCCAGCAUAGUUUGGUAUUAUCAGGGUUCAUUUUAUUUCGGAUUUUUGGUACCCUAUGCCAUUGAUGAAACAUUUUGUAAUGAAGCUCUAUAAUAUUUAAACAGUGCAACGAUUUUUAAAACUUCUUGAAUUGAUCUAUACCACUGCUCCAGCUCGAUGGGGGACCCACUUUCUUGUUUCCCGUUUUUCCAGGCUUUUGGUUUAGACUCUAUUUCUUCCUCUCUGUGUUUCAUACCAACUAGAUAUCAGUUUACGUUUUGUAUUAUUUUGAAUAGAUCAUUUAAUUUUUUUAUUUAUCCUAGUAUCUUCAUGGAGGAGAUGAUUAGCCAAAUAUUUUUUUUAUUCUUCGAUAUGAGAAUAUCUCUCUUGAUUUAAGGCCAAGACCUAACUGAAGAUGUGAAAAGGGUUUUAUUUUAUUCGACUUUAGUAGAUCUUUUAUUUUAAAGGGACACUAUAGUCACCAUAACAACUACAGCUUAUUGAAUUUGUUCUGGUGAGUAGAAUCAUUCCCUUCAGGCUUUUUGCUGUAAACUCUGUCUUUUCUGAGAAAAUGCAGUGUUUACAUUACAGCCUAGUGAUAACUUCACUGGCCACUCCUCAGAUGGCUGUUAGAGAUCCUUCCUGGGUCAUGGCUGCCUAAAAUGCAUCCAAACAUUCAGUGUCUCCUCCCUCUGCAUGCAGACACUGAACUUUCUUCAUAGAGAUUCACUGAUUCACUUCAUCUCUAUGAGGAGAUGCUGAUUGGCCAGGGCUGUGUUUGAAUUGUGCUGGCUCUGCCCCUGAUCUCCCUCUUUGUCAGUCUCAGCCAAUCCUAUUGGGAAGCACUUUGAUUGGAUCAGGCUACCACUUCUGAUGAUGUCAGCAGACUGCUUGUUUUGGGGGUUUUUUUUGAGGCAAACAGCAUGCAGAGUUACAGUUUCUGUCUUGAAUACAGUAAGAUGUUGCUAUAUUUAUGGAGGCAUGAGGGAUCCAGGGGGGCUAGAUGUUGGGUUUAGCACUAUAGGGUCAGGAAUACAUGUUUGUGUUCCUGACCCUAUAGUGAUCCUUUAAUUGUACCAGAUCUGAUCCAAUUACCUAUAGUUAGAUCAGUAAUAUUAUAUUCCAUUGUCUUAAUUGGACUAUACUUAGAGAUUUUAUUUAGAAUGUUUUCUUCCCUGUAUUUUACCCAAUUUUCACAAAUAUAUCUUGUAUAAGAGUUUUCUAUAGUUAAAAAAAAAAAAAAAAAAAAAAUUAGCACUAGCUCCAGCGCCAGUCCAUAUUAUAUUGGAAAAAUCUUUUGUUUUACACAGAAAGGACUCAAUUUUGUACCAAGGCUCUUUUAUUGUCAUUGGGCCCUGCCAUCUGCACAGAUGGAAUAACCUCCUGGCUUCAUAGUAUUUAAUGAGAUUAGGGACUGCCAGGCCACCCUUACUGGACUUUUUCAUUACGUGUAGAAUCGAGAUCCUAGAUCUCUUAUAGCCCCAGAUAUAAUUUUAAAAUAUGCAAAACGAGGAUGUACACAAAGUGUAUAGGAAAAUAUCAAAUAAAAUACAAUCCACCACUAGUGUUAUAUGUGGAGCUCUGAAAAUAUAUGGAGUUACCCCUAUGGGUUAACACAAUUUGUGUACAUACUCGUUUUGCAUAUUCUUUUAUAGGGGAAGAGAGUCCCUAUAUUCAUGUGGUAGCUGCUAUAAACUAAUUUGAUUUUAAAUGUUCAAAGCGCCCUAUUGACACACACUUUCUCUAUAAUUCAAAAAUAAUUUAUGGAUCUGUCUAAGUUUUGUUGUUGUUACAGAUAAAGAGAUCAUUCUGAAAAGGAAUGACCAAUGGGGUAAAAUAUAUGAUUUGAUGAUAUUUAUUCUUCCUAAAAUUCCUGGAAAUAACUAUAUUUAUCCACUCUUUCAGUAUUUAUCACUAGUUUCUUUUAGAAGAUUAUCCACAUUUUUGUCUGUUUCCUUUUGGUUAAAGGAAAAAUAAAUCCCAAGGUAUUUAAAACCUUGUGGUGACCAAGUAAAAGGAUAUUUAGUUGAUAGUCUAUUGUCAUACAGUCUAGGUUAAUGGGCAUAAUUUGGGAUUUACCAACAUUUAAUUUGUAAUUUGAGACUCUACUAUAAUCUCCUAACUCUAAGAUCAAGGCCCCUAGUGAUGUGACUAAAUUUGUCAAUGUUAAUAUUAUAUCAUCAGCAUAGAGGCUGAUCUUAAAAUCAUAAUGAUCCAUGAUGACUGCUUUAAUUUGAUAGUUGUUUCUUAUACUCACUGCGAGUGGUUCAAGUGUCAAAAUAUAUAAAAGCGGAGCAAGGGGGCAUCCCUGCCUGUUCCCAUUAGAAAUUGUGAACCAAUCUGCAGAGAUGCCAUGGCGCACGGUUUUAGAAAGCGAUUAUUGCAGUUUUGGUGGAACCAACAAAUCCAAAUUUGUCCAAAGUUUGGUUCAUAAAACUCCACCUGAACCUGUCAAACGCCUUCUCAGCAUCUAAUGACAGGACCAGCAGAUGAAUCUUGCUCCUUGUUACAUAAUCAAUCAAGCCAGUCAGCCUUCGAGUAUUGUUACUUUUAUUUCGAUUCUGUACAAAGCUUAUUUGGUCGUGAUGAAUUAAAGACGGGAUCAUUGAUUUUAGUCCAUUCGCAAUGACAGCAGAGUAAAUUUUAUAUCCGAGUUUAUAAGAGAUAUAGGCCGGUAAUUGGCUAGAUUAGUAGGGUCCUUAUAAAACUGCUAUGUUUAUGAAUGGGUUAACUGCUAUGUUUAUGAAUGGGUUAAGCCUUCCCCCUAAUCCUCUAGUGGCUGUUUCAUUGACAGCCACUAGAGGCGCUUGUGUGCUUCUCACUGUGAUUUUCACAGUGAGAGCACGCAAGCGUCCAUAGGAAAGCAUUAUGAAUGCUUUCCUAUGUGACCGGCUGAAUGCGCGCUCGGCUCUUGCAGCGCGUGCGCAUUCAGCCCAGGAGGAGGAACGGAGGAGGAGAGCUCCCUGCCCAGCGCUGGAAAAAGGUAAGUUUAACCCCUUUUCCCCUUUCCAGAGCCGGGCGGGAGGGGGUCCCUGAGGGUGGGGGCACCCUCAGGGCACUAUAGUGCCAGGAAAACGAGUAUUUUUUCCUGGCACUAUAGUGGUCCUUUAAUAUUGGUGAGACAUAUGCCUGUAAUAAUUCUUUCAAUGAAAGACCAAUUUCUCUAAUCUUAUUAAAUGUGUCUACUAGAUAAUGCAAAAGCUCGGUUUUAAACUUCUUAAAAAAAACACUUAUUAUACCCAUCAGGACCUGGAGCUUUAUUCAGUUUAAGAUUAUUGAUCAUUAAAAUGACCUCAUAUUCAGAGAAUGGUAAAUUUAACUCUUUCUGCUGAUCAUCCAUAAGUGUUGGCAACUCAAUCCUGUCCAGAUAUUUCUGAUUCCUGGGGGCUGGAGGAGAGGCUAUAAAGUUAUGCAUAGAAUUUAUUAAACUAACUAUGACCAUCUGCUAUGAUCUUUUCAAAUCUUGAUCUCACUUUUCUAUUUUUUUAAUCUAUUGGAAAGCAUUUUAUCGGCUUUAUUGCCUUUAUGGUACCAAUUCUGGUUUAGUUUUUGUAAAGCGUAAUUCACUUAAGCUAAUAAAAUAGUUGAUCAGGACCGGCCUUAGUGGUGUACGAAGUGUGCGGCCGCAGGGGGCACCGCGUGGCCAACACAGUUCACAUUUGACUGGCCGGGAGGGAUAAAUAAAAUAAAAAUUGCGGCGGGGCUUACUGUGCCAUGGGGCAGGGCUAAAACUGCCGUGUAAUUGCUGCAGGGGAAGCAGGAAGGAGUCCCUGCUUCCCACAACAACCAGAAUCCAGGAGCUGCACAACUCCCACCUUCAUAAUGAACAGAGUUAACUGUGUGUGUGUGUGUGUGUGACUGUCUGCCUGCUUCCCCCAACAAGCAGAAUCCAGGAGCUGCACUACUCCCACCUCCAUAAUGAACAGAGGUAACUGUGUGUGUGGCUGCCUGCCUGCCUGUGUGUGUGGCUGGCUGCCUGCCUGCCUGUGUGUGUGGCUGUCUGCCUGCCUGCCUGUGUGUGUGGCUGUCUGCCUGCCUAUGUGUGUGGCUGUCUGCCUGCCUAUGUGUGUGGCUGUCUGCCUGCCUAUGUGUGUGGCUGUCUGCCUGCCUAUAUGUGUGGCUGUCUGCCUGCCUAUGUGUGUGGCUGUCUGCCUGCCUGUGUGUGGCUGUCUGCCUGCCUGUGUGUGUCGCUGCCUGUGUGUGUGCCUGUGUGUGUGGCUGUCUGCCUGUGUGUGUGACUGCCUGGGCAGACUAGAUGGGCCGAUUGGUUCUUAUCUGCCGUCACAUUCUAUGUCUGUGUUUGUGUGUGUGUGACUGUCUGUGUAUGUGUGACAGGGUGUGUGGGAAGGAGUGGUGGAGGGGGGAGGGGGUGCUGUGAAGAUUUUUUGCACAGGGUGCCCUAAGGCCGGCCCUGGAGUUGAUCUUAUUAGAUGUUUCUGAUAUUUUUUGAUCAACCUCCCUUUGUGGGGGAGAUUUUAUUUAUUUAAAUUUAGUUUAUAGAGUUUGAGAUAUAGUUGAUUUAAAGAGAGACCUUGUUCCCUUUUUUUUUUUUUUGGACCCCAAUUUCAAUAUAUGACCCCUUAUUACAAUCGUUAAAGCACACCAUAUGAUUUGCUUUGAUAUUUCUUGUGUAGUAUUUUCUUUGAAGUGUUAUUUGAUCCUAUCCGAGAUAUAAUCACUAAUUUUAGAAUUUGUGAAUAGUAUCUCGUUCAGCCUCCAUUAUAAUCGUGGUUCUAUAGAGUCUAAUCCUAAUUCCAUAACCACAGCCGAAUGGUCUGACCAUGUAAUAUCCUCAAUUUUAACUAGAUGGCAUUGUUAAAUUAACUGUAGUUUGACCAAAGAAAAAAAUCUAUUCCAGAAUAUGACAAAUGUGGUUUGGAGUAAAAAGUAAACUCCUUUUCAUCGGAGUGUUUUACUCUCCAAAUGUCAUAUAGAUUGAAUUUAGAUAUGACAUUCUGCAACACUAAUUUAUUAAUGAUAUUUUGCUGUUUCCUUUUUUGUGGAACCUUUUUAUUCAAUGAUACGUCUACCACACAAUUAAGGUCUCCCCCUACUAUGAAGGACCCCUUAUAUAUACCUAAUAUUAAAACUUAAUGUUAUUUAUAUAUUUUUCGGUUGUUUGUUUGGAGCAUAUAUAUUGAGUAAUGAAUAGAGUUUACCCUGUAAUUCACAAAUCAAGAACACAUAUCUGCUAUUCUUGUCCACUUCUCUAUAUAGUUCGUUAUAUUUUACAUUUUUAGGUAUAAAAAUUGCAACUUCUCCAUUUUUCAAGCUAUAAUCUAAGGCGACAAGAGUUGGAUAAUUUUUUAUUUUAGGAUUUCCAGCUUUCCAUUGUGUUUCUUGUAUAAAUCAGACAGUGACUUUCUUUUUCCGUAACUGAUGGUGGAUUCAGACCCUUAACAGUCAAUGUUUAUGAUCCUUAUUCCCCCCCUCCCCCCCUCAGACAUUCAUCCUCCUUUUGAUAUAUAAUUUCUCAGAUUGGUCACACGCAAUCCGCUCAACAUAAAAGACAAAUACAACCAUAUAACAGAGAAAAAUAAAACCUUGAAGGUUUUUUUUGACUAUCAAGAGCUGUAAUGUAGGGCAACGGAAAAACAAAUAUUUUUACAAAUUGGAGAGACAGCAUUGUUUUAUGUGCAUUUUUCUUCCCUCUUACCUUUAUAUAACUUUAUCUUAACAUAUUUUAUGUGCAUUUACUUCUUUGUUUAAGAUAACCUAUUGUGUCUAUACUCUCCUCAUUAGUAUAAGUAUAUUUAGGAUAUUUCCUAAUUUACCGAUUUGUGACAGCAGUUAAUAAUGUUUGAAAAUGUAAUGUGAGUAUGGGUAUAUGUAUAAUGUGAUUAGCAAUUGGAUUCAACCUUUCCUAUGACAUUAUUCCUGUUCCUUAGUCUCAACUAAUCAAACAGAUACACCUCAUUACUUUUAUCUUUCCUCCUUUUCUUUUCCCCAUUCCUUUUUCCCCUUUCCCCUCUCUCCCCUUUCCCCCCUUAUUCUUCUCUCCAUUUCCUCUUCCCUCACCCCCCUCUACCCUUAAUUGUAGUGAGAGAUGAAAGAGGAGAGAGAAAGCAAAGCAGAGUAGCAACCUAAUAGUAGAAUGUAUAGUCAUUCAUCAUAAGUGCCCUAGACCUGUAGUAUCUAUUUCUCUCAUAUUUUCCCUCUCCUCCUCUCUCAUCGACACCCCUCUUAUUCUCCCUUUCUUAUUCUAUCCCCCCAAGUGAUUAGUUACAUUAGUUCUUCCACAUUUAUUAUUAAACAUUUACAAAGUAAUAAACAUAAGUGGCUAUCAAAAGUAAGUAGCAUUUUUCAAGAGUAAAUCCCCGUCAUUUAAAUCAUGUGAAUGUUAGAUUAGUUCUGUGAAGUGUAAAUAGAACAUUUAAUUAUUAUUACAGAUUUAGUCAUACUAUCCCUCCUAAGUUAAAAUAUAUUGUCUUAUGUAAGUUUUAUUCCGUGAGCCAUUGUUGUGAUUAUUUAAAUUUUCCCUUCCUCUCCCCCCCUGUAGAUCUUGUUUUGUUAAAUAUUGAUCCAUUCGAAAAUAGACCAAAUGUUAUCAAUCUUCAGGAAUCGAUGUGCACCUUACACAUUUGAUUUUUUUAUAUACAUACACACAAUUUUGAAUGAUGCCUUUUUUUUAUGUUUAAUUUCUUUUUAUUGUACAAGUUUACAGCAACGCUUAACAGUAGUAAAAUGCUGACAUGCACAUACAUAUCCAAACAGUAAUUAGUGAGUUAUAUUAUAGUUAAGGUCCUUUACACAUCAAGUUCAAAUAGUAGGCAUCAGAUAGGAAUUGUUAGUAUUGCUUCCUUGUUACAGAAAUGAAAGAAUGAAGGGGAGGAGGGAAGGGGGAAAGUUGCACUUAGUCCUGCAAUGUAAAUCAUUGCAGUUUUUCUGAAACUUCAAUAAUUACAUUGCUGGACUAAGAUUCCCUCUUGUGACUGUCAAUCAGACAGCCACUAGAGGCACUUCCUGCUUGCUAGCUGACUUUUGGUCACCUGAAGCCGGACGUCCCCAUGUUUUGCUUAAGGACACACAGCGUCUGCUAAAACCCAUAUAAAAGCAUUCAGCAAUGCUUUGCUAUGGGGAGGGCCUAAUGCAGGGCUCGACAGAUCGAUUUGUUGGCCCAUUCAGCCCCUGAGGUGAUCAGCUGCCUAUGAGUGGAGGCAAGCGUGGGCUUGUGCAUGGGUGGGAGACUCCUGGAGGAUUGAGGCAGACGGGCAGGUACGCGAGGGAGCUGUAACCUUCCUGCUCUGCUCCCUCACGCGUCCUUCAGUGAUGCCGGGAGCCAAAAUAUGACGUCAUUCCGACUCUGGCAUCACUCAACGGCACUCUAUGGGGCGGAGCAGAGAGAUGACUGAAGCCCCGCUGAACUACUCCAGUUAUCCCAAAGGUAGAGAGGCUGGGUGGUCACAUUAAUGUGUGUGUGUUUAGGUGACCGGUCCCCCUCCAAUCACAUGGGAAAGGGGGGCAGGGACACUGCACCCAGAUUACUUCAAUGAGAUGAAAAGGCCUGGAUGUCUUUAAGAACUUCAUGUGAAGUGUGUCCUCUUUUAUUUAUUUAUAUUUUUAUUUUUUUUACAAAAAGUGCAGAUUUUAAUAGAAUUUAGCAGUUUUAUAUAUUAACCUUGUUGCUCUCCCUGGCUGUCAAUCAGACAGCCAGUCCUGUUACGUCCUGGUUGCUUUGCUCAGUGGAGCGAAACUCUAGAGGCAGCAAUUGGUCAGAGUACCUGCCUUGCAAAGACUUCUCAUUGAACUGCGUUGGAAAGUCUGUGAUUACACAGGCACAGAAAGUCUAUGUGGGUUAGAAAGCAUGUAUGUUUUCAUUGGGGGCAUAUCUACUUAACAGGUUGUCUUUUUUCUUUUUUAAAUGUAUUUAGACAGUGGAGUGUCCCUUUAACAAGUACUGGGAGGAAGUGAUCUGAGACCACUUCAUCCAAGCACCUCAUUGAGUACAGCCCUCACCACUUGCUGCUAUUACCAUUAGUGCUGAAAGUUUGUUUGGCACUAGCAAAUAACUGAUGUAGUCACACUGGAACCUAUGUUAGGCCAGCUCCAGGGAAGAUCUUCAGAUCUCCUCAGCCUUUUUGGGUCUGCCAGGCUUGCGUGUCGAUAUAGGUGGCUGACCCCUGAUUUAGAGUCUUAUCCUUUGUUCUUCAUGUUCUUGCUAACCUGGAACUGGUUGUUUAUUAUGAAUAAUGUCUGCGAUAUGGAGCGCCUAUAUAUACUUACAGAUGAGUAUUGUAUCACUGUAAUUGACCAUUUUAUACACCUGCCACCAUUAUCUCAUCUAAGUAUCAAUAUUUUUUAUUAUUAUUUUAUAGAGACCAUGGCGAGCCCCGGGAAGGACAAUAGUCGCAUGAAGAGCUACAAGAACAAAGCCUUGAACCCGGAGGAAAUGCGGAGGCGGAGAGAGGAAGAGGGAAUCCAACUUCGAAAGCAGAAACGUGAACAGCAGGUAUAAAUUGUUUGGUAUUCUUAUAUCUUCGGUUUCAGAAACAUGUUUGGCAAAUCCAAAAUACAGUGUUACGAUAGCAAAUGGUUUGCUUUACUUGGCCUUAUUUGCAAAUGUCAUAGUAACCCAACCAAGUGAAAAUAAAAAGCUACAAAAAUUGUUCAGGGACUGCCAAGCAAUACUUGAUGCACUCUCAAUCUUAAUAUCACUUGUUCUGUUUCAUAGUUAUCCUAUGCAUUUGUGAUUUCUUUCAUAAUCUUUCUCUCACAACCUUGUAUGACUGUUUCAAUCAAGAACCAGUACAUUUUUGUAAUUUGUUUGUUAAAUCUCAAUGUAUCUUUCCUGGUAAAAUAAUUUAUAAAUAAUCCAUAAAAUAUCCCUUGGAACCCAGAAGAAGUACAUCUUUCCAGCACACUGUCAUUGUGAUCUCAGGACUCAAGAAAUCACUGCUUAAAGGUAUACUCCAAGUACCAUAGCCACUAAAGUGCACUGUAGUGGUUAUGGUUCCAGUCGUUCCUUGGCGCCCCCCAGUGCAAGUAGUCAAACUAUUUAUGAAUGGUUUUACACUUUAAAUGGGGUUUGCACUUCUUACAUGGAGAACCGGAAGCUCUUGUUAGGGAAAGCUCAUUGGCUGAAGAGUAUCAGCGUCAAAUGGUUUGACCACAUACACUGUGAGGGGGUGCUUGUGCACUCCUGGCACCAUAACCACUUGCAAUAAAUGCACAGUUUUGUUUUACAAUAAAAGUUCAGACAGCACUGUAGUGGUUAUAGUGCUUCAAUCAUUCCUUUAAACAAGUAAAACAAUCUCUUCCAUCCAGUGAAACUAUAAGUUCAACAAAAUCGUCACCAUAUGCAUCUGAUAAGAUAUACAGCUGCAAAGUAUCGUUCUCUUGCUUUUUGCAAGAGAACAAUAAUAAUCCGUGCUAUUUGACGACCAGCAGGCAGCGGACAAAUAUUUAAAAGUAAAGACAAAAAAAUCUGCAGUGCAAGGCUUAGCCAUGUGGUGCCUUGUCAGUGAAUAUGAUCCCCCACUAAUUAUAGGGAGGUUUAAAGCAGCACUGUCACCAACCUAACCCCUGCAAAAUUAGUAUUUCAUAAAGAUAGAAUUAUGUUGACUUUGUUGGAAUUUCACUGAAAUUUCAGUUCAGUUAAGAGAUGUUCUGGGAAAAGUAGGGACUACUUUGUCUCAAUAUUUUUCCUAUGCCAGACACUUCUCUGAACUACCCAUGCCAUCACUAGUGACAGCUGCAGGAAACUUGGCUCUAUCCAUAGAAGGACUGGCGGGAUCCGCUAUAGAUCUCUCGGCUGUACUAGUCCCCCUACCUGCCGGCCACCAGACCCCCGUGAUAGUGGUAAAAGUGCCACUUUAACACCUCUUAUUUCCCCACCUGCCAUGCUCCCGGCUGGGGCAAGUCUACAUAAUUUUGAGCAGACCCAUUACCCCAAUAGCCAAGCAGAACUGGCUUAAACAAAAAUCUAGUGACUGUGAAGAUAUUGCUGUCAUGUCACAAAAAUGACUGUUGUGAGGGGACCUGGCAUCUGUCCCCCACCCCAUAGGCAUCAGCUGGACAGCUUUACUGGAGUCUAAUACUGUCCAAUUUGCACAUACAGCAUAUGCAUACUGUAUGUCCAAUUUCAACUAAGCUCUCGCUCUUGUUCACCACAUGCACAUCCCUUGACUCUACCAAUUGUUUGGGCAUAGCCCUGUGCAGUAAACAGUAAACUGGGUUCUGUAUAAACUGAUCGCAGAUUUUAGAGCAGUGCCACAUAUCAUUAUGUGAUAAGUGUAACAGCUCUUUAGGGAUAAACUGGGAUAUAAAUGCAGAAAGAUAAGUCCUGCGCUCACUCCCAUCACUGGUUUUUACUAUAAACUGGGAUAUAACUUACACAGUAGGUUUUUAUGGGAUAAGAUUAGACACCAUAAACUUUUUAAUGCUAUAAAAUGUAACAAUUAUUUCAUGCAUUUUCAAAAAUUUACAUUUUAGUCCAUGGCGUAUGAUCCUUGAGGGGGGGAGGGGAGAGGAGAGAGUUUAUUGGAUCUGAUGAGCCAAAUGGCUGAAUUUGCUGGUAGUAGCUGUUACUUGCUGCCAGUGUGACAUCUUUAUUCACAGUUUUAGGAAAGGAGCUGUUAACAGGGAUUUCCCAACUUUAAUGAAUAAAAUAGCUGUUAAAUUAUUAACCAUCAUUUUUUGUGCUUUCAGAAUUCAUAAAGCAGGUCUCAUGUCUGUUUAUUACAGCUUUUUAAACGCCGAAAUGUGGAGUUGGCGCCAGAAGAUAGUUCCAUGUUUGAUGGUCCUUUGAUGGAUUCAUAUGUUAACUCUACUACUACUGUUGGGGUAUGUUAAUACAUCUGGUUAUAUGAGUAUGCUAAAUGUUAAACUCCUACUUUACAUGUGUAAUAUGUAAACAAAUUACUUUUUUCCUACAUUUCACCUGUUCAUAUAGGAAAGUGUUAUCACACGAGACAUGGUGGCAUUGCUGCUUUCUGAUGAUCCUGAUUUACAAUUGACAAUGACACAAAAAUUCAGAAAACUGCUGUCUAAAGGUAAUGGGAUAUGAUUUUUAGCAAUCUAAGGAGCGUCUUAGGAGUUCCUGUCACAUUGACACAGCCAAUCUCUGUAUGUAGAUAAUAUUGAAUGUAAUAUGCUCUCCCAGCGAUACAACCUAUUUAAAUGUAGAUACAGAUGUCAGGAGUGUGUUCUGACUGUUCUAAAUUGCACAUUCCACACGUAUACUUUGCUUCAAAUUAUUAUUUAAAAAAAAUAAAAGUGGCUGCAAAAUCAAACUUGUUUUAUUGUUUUCACUUGCCUAUCCUAAAGGGAACAGCAAGCACAAAGUUAAGGUAAAAAAAAAUCACAAUAUUCUUAAAUAUCAAUAAGCUUGGUGCAGCAAGCAAAACUUGCCUCUCCUAAAAUCAGCACAACUCGUUUUGGCAUAAAAGCCUUCCUCAGGUUCAUACAUUACAGUCCUGCAGUGUUUCUUUUUAAAUGGAUAUAAGGGAGAAAAAAAAUCUAUUUGAUAGAUUUUGGUGCCAUGAUGUACAUUUAAAAAGAAACACUCCAAGACUGGAAUGAGAAUAUUUUAUGUGCUUAAUGGUUCAUACUGUAAUGUCCUCUCAGACUAUUUAUUUAUGGGAUAUCUUUUUUUUUUGCCUCUUAUUCACCUAUAUAUUAUUUGAGUGUCCACAUAGAAAGUGAUUAUUACUUAUCAGUGUGCUAUCCACCAUCUUGUGUGUUAUAUUUGGAUUUAUUCUGUAAAAUAUAAUGAUUGAUUUCACUGUGCAUUUACAGGUGCACUUACAAGGUUUUAUCUAUUAAGCACCCUUUUUAUCACCCGUUCCUGUUUAUUUUUUAUUUAUUGUACAUUCAAAUAUUAGCAGCUGUCUACAUCAAGAUACCAGAAAUUGAUAUCUUGUUCUAUGUUAUUGUAAACAGCAGCUGGUUUUGCUUGUCUACUACUGAAAUUCUGAGUGUAUGUGAUGCCCCUACAUCAUGUAGUCCCUCAUUAGGUUGUAUGACCAGUAAUAUUCCUGCUACAUUUAAAGGACAGGAAUGUAAAAGUUGUGCACUUCAUGUAGAGUAAUUAUUGGUUUAAGAAGAUCAUUCCAAUUCUCAUUUUACCUGGCAACCGUUUGUUCUGUGAAAUUAGUUGAAUAUGCAUGCUACCUUGUUUCACCAGCGGGACACAACUUAACUCUUAUGUUUACUUUGUUUCAGAGCCAAAUCCACCAAUAGAUGAAGUGAUCAAUGCACCUGGAGUAGUGGAAAGAUUUGUAGAAUUCCUGAAGAAGAGUGAAAACUACACACUACAGGUAUGAGUCAGGAAGUUAUCACAAUUAAGUGGUUAUGGUGCAUGGAAUCCCCAGGUGCCAUCUUACUUUCCAGAGUUAAACCAUUAAGAAGUGGCCUCAGGUGCUGGUCUGCUGCAGCUCCUCUUCUGUUUAAGCAGCAAAUGAGUGUCGGUAAUAGGCCGAGAGUGUCAGCUGACCCUCUCAGCUUGUCACAGUUGUACUUUUGCUGCUUUAAGCUAAUGCAGAGAUGCAGCAGACUGACAACUAAAAGCUUCUUCAGUGUGAAGCAAUUUGAUAAUGGUUUAACACCAGAAGGUAGGUGUGUUCCUUUAAAGGGAAACUCUAGAGCCAGGAAAACAAUCCGUUUUCCUGGCACUGCAGGUUCCCUCUCCCUCCCACCCCCCAAUCCCUGGUUGCUGAAGGGGUAAAAACCCCUUCAGUGACUUACCAGAGGCAGCGACGAUGUCCCACGUCGCUGCUUCUUCCUCCGCGCCGCUCCUCCUUCUGACUGCAUCGGCCCGAGGGCGAGACUAAUCCCGCACGUCGUGGGCGAGACAUUGCUGCACAUGCGCAUUCGUGCUCCCAAUAGGAAAGCAUUGAAAAUGCAUUGAAAAUGCUUUCCUAUGGGGAAAUGAGCGACGCUGGAGGUCCUCACUCAGCGUGAGGACAUCCAGCGACGCUCUAGGAACCAGGAAGUGCCCUCUAGUGGCUGUCUAGUAGACAGCCACUAGAGGUGGAGUUAACCCUGCAAGGUAAUUAUUGCAGUUUAUAAAAAACUGCAAUAAUUACACUUGCAAGGUUAAGAGUAGUGUGAGUUGGCACCCAGACCACUCCAAUGGGCAGAAGUGGUCUGGGUGCCUGGAGUGUCCCUUUAAUUCUUUGAUAACACUGUUGCUCAAUGUUUUCAAUAAAGCACUGCAGCUUUUGAUCUUUCCUAAAAUUCAUGGUUUUGAUUGCAUUUUUGUUGCAGUUUGAAGCAGCCUGGGCUCUCACAAACAUCGCAUCUGGCACAUCCCAACAAACAAAGAUAGUGAUAGAAGCAGGAGCUGUGCCUAUUUUCAUCAUGCUCCUGAAUUCUGAAUAUGAGGAUGUGCAGGAGCAGGUAUUAUUACCAUGUCUUUUUACUUGGAACUAUUCAUUCCCAUCAAGCUUUUCCGGUUUUGAUUUUAUAAACUGAAUACCACUAUGUUGCACAUAUUACUUUUAGUUUCCUUUGUACUGUGUGUACCUGUGAUAAGUUUCAUGGCUGUAUUGUAUUGGUUUUGUUUUCUCCAGGCUGUGUGGGCACUAGGAAAUAUUGCGGGUGACAGUGCUGUGUGCAGAGACUACGUGCUGAGCUGUGACAUUCUUCCUCCGCUGCUCAGGUGAGUGCAUGAGAGAGUGGAGUAACAUAUACAGCACACCAAGAGACCUGGCAUGGGAGUUAAAUAGACUGCAGUGUGUAAAUUAAAGGAUCACCAUAGUCAACAUAUAAAAGCAAGAAAGACAGGUCCCCUUUAUUAGUUUGCCAUUAAGAAUAAAUUUGAGCCUUUUUAUCAUAUAAACUUAGCUCUGUUCCAGCGCCGAGCUCCUUGGCAGGCCACACCCCUUUUUGAGUCAAAAUAACAAGAUAGAAGGGCUCAAUCAGACGCUUCUCACUGAGAAGCGUCAUCACAACAUUGAAUGCCGCUUUAUGAAUGAACGCUUUAUGCAUGUGCACGGUAUGCGCGUUCGCGAGCUGACUGACCUCUCAGCUUGCGGUCUAUGCCCGUCCCCCUCCUAUGGCAACCCUUCUAAGCCAAAAGUUUGUAUGCAAACACAAUAUAUAGAGAUAUCUCUAUACAUAGUGUUUGUACACAAACACACAUUUUAAAUAUAUAUUGUUAAACCACCAUACACACACUCUCUCUAUCUAUCUGUUUCUACCUAACUAUUUCUAGCUAUCUCUAUCUAUUUCUAGCUAUCUAUUUCGCUCUCACAGUCACUGUCUCUCACAAUCACACUCUCUCUCACAAUCACACUCUCUCUCACAAUCUCACUCUCUCUCACCAUCACACUCUCUCUCUCACCAUCACACUCUCACCAUCACACUCUCUCUCUCACCAUCACACUCUCUCUCUCUCACCAUCACACUCUCUCUCUCUCACCAUCACACUCUCUCUCUCUCACCAUCACACUCUCUCUCUCACCAUCACACACACUCUCUCUCACCAUCACACACACUCUCUCUCACCAUCACACACUCUCUCUCUCACCAUCACACCGCUCUCUCACCAUCACACCGCUCUCACCAUCACACCGCUCUCUCACCAUCACACCGCUCUCUCACCAUCACACCGCUCUCUCACCAUCACACCGCUCGCUCUCUCACCAUCACACCGCUCUCUCACCAUCGCGCGCACUCUCUCUCUCGCCAGCGCGCGCACUCUCUCUCUCGCCAGCGCGCGCACUCUCUCUCUCGCCAGCGCGCGCACUCUCUCUCUCGCCAGCGCGCGCGCACUCUCUCUCUCGCCAGCGCACUCUCUCUCUCUCGCCAGCGCGCGCGCACUCUCUCUCUCGCCAACGCGCGCGCACUCUCUCUCUCGCCAACGCGCGCACUCUCUCGCCAGCGCGCGCACUCUCUCUCGCCAUCACUCACUCUCAAUUUUUUAAAUAAGUUUACUUACUGUUUGAAAUCAGUAGAUCCUCCUGUCUUCUGCCUUCACCCUGUCAGCCCGAGUUCAUGCUGUGUGCAGGAGAUCGUUAUCUCUCACACUGUCGGCUCUGAUUGCUGACAGGCACAGGAGGCGUGUUCACAGUGCCUCCUGUCUCCAGAUAUCAUGUUUGAUGUAUUCACCCAAGCGUGAAGACGUCAAAUGUGAUGAAUGUGAGUUAGGCAGCCCUGAACUCGGAAGUCCUUCUGGUGGUCGUCUGUGUGACUGCCACUGGAGGUGUUGCUAGCUUCCAAGGUAAACACUGUAUUUUCUCAGAAAAUACAGGGUUUACAUUAAGGAGAGGCUGCAGGGAGCUAUUGUGCUCACCUGAACAACCUCAUUAAGCUGAAGUUGUUCAGGUGACUAUAGUGUCCCUUUAAAUGUAAGCAAGGUUAUAUAAAGAAGCUCGAAUAAAUGUUUUAUAUUCUGUCUGUAUUUGUUUUUUCUCAUAGCCUCCUUACCAAAUCAUCACGACUUACCAUGACCAGGAAUGCAGUCUGGGCCUUGUCCAAUCUGUGUCGAGGAAAGAGUCCCCCUCCAGAUUUUGAUAAGGUACUUUUCUCUCUCUUUUUUCCCCCUGUUUCUGCUUUUCUUUGGUUUUUCACUCACAGUGUUGGUUGUGUAGUGUCUCAUGGCCUGUUUGUGCUUUGUCUUCUUGUGCACACUUUUUCCUCUAGGUGUCCAUGUGUCUCCCUGUGCUGUCACGUCUCCUGUUCAACAGUGACUCAGACCUGUUAGCAGAUGCGUGCUGGGCACUAUCUUAUCUCUCUGAUGGUCCUAAUGAGAAGAUUCAAGCAGUCAUAGACUCGGGGGUCUGCCGCAGGCUUGUGGAACUCCUAAUGUUAGUGAGCAAAGUGAAUGCAAUCAUAAAAAGGGCUAGUUUGGGAUUUGCUUUAUUCCAUAUGAACCCCUAGUAUAGUUUUUAUUUUUUAAAUGGAUUCUACUUGGGAUUUAAUCUUUGGUUGGUAAGCGUAAUUAUAGUUUUAUAUCAUCAGAUGCUGUAUCUGUUAGGUUGUGCACACAUUUCAAGCUUUCAUAAAAAUGAAAUUGUCAGCUUUGGGUUUUUGUUGUUGGUUUUUAUUUAUGCACUCAUAUCUGCUUGAUUCAUUUUGUGUGUGUGUGUUAUGGGUGUACAUAUAUAAGGUAAAGGAAGCUACACUUACAAGUCUUGUAGAUUAUGUAUAUAAACUAUGCAUCAGCGUUCAUCAAUAAGACUGUACAAAGGACAAGAGGUCACAUAUUUAGACUUGAUGUAAGGAUAUUUUGUCUUACAUUAGAAAAAGUAAGCACAAUAAAGACGUAGAAUACCUUAGUAGAAUAUUCAGUUAUAAUAGUUAACAGCUGGUGAUUCAAGUAAAAUGGCAAAUUUCAAUUGAUUGUAUUUAUUUUGCCUAUUUUGGAUCACCAGCAGACAUCCGUGUGUUAAAGUCUGAACUUGAUGGAAUUCUUUUGUUAGCCUGUAUUUUUAUGCAACUCCGUGUAGCUUUUUGGACCUUGUUGACAUAUUUGUAUAUACAGCUCCUUAGUUAUAUCAAGCUUAGCUAAUAUUUUCCCCAGUCUGUGCAUAGUGGUAGGAGAUAAAUGGCAAGAAGUUUAAAUAAUGUCUUACCCUUCUAAAUAAAUUGUACUGUGGUCCCAUAUAGGCACAAUGACUACAAGGUGGCUUCUCCUGCACUCCGAGCUGUAGGAAACAUUGUCACGGGAGACGAUAUCCAGACACAGGUAAAGCAGUGUUCAAAGCCAUUACUGUGUAAAAUUCCAAAUUCUAAUUAGUUGAACCUGGUCAUGUAAUCUUAGCACAUGAACGUAAAUAAUUAUUUAGGAUUAAAAAAGAAAUUAAAAAAAAUAGAUCUGUAAAAGAAUGUAGUACUUCUAUACGUGACCUGGUAGCAUUGAGAUUUUCCUAAAAAUAUAAUUGUAAGGUAUUGCUUGUUAAUGUUAACCUGUUAAUCUUGAAUUAUCUCAGGUGAUCCUAAACUGUUCGGCUCUUCCAUGUCUCUUGCAUCUUCUGAGCAGUCCAAAGGAAUCCAUUCGCAAAGAAGCCUGCUGGACAAUUUCAAAUAUUACAGCAGGAAACCGAGCACAGAUACAGGUAGAGGAAUAAUUGUAUUAUGUAGUAAUAGUGUGACAUUAUAAGUCUUGUAAGGUUUUUUUUUUUUUUUUUAAUCUUUUGUAAUGUGUAUAUUCUUAUUGCUACUGAUUUUAUGUAACAGGCUAUAUAUAGAUUGCUGACUAUAACAGAUUACUAACCUAUUAUGUCAUAUUUAACCUUUUUGUUUAUACUAUCUACCAUAUCUGUGUUAAAAUUAUAUUUCUGGACUGUUCAUCUUUUCAGUUCCCUGAUUUAUUUUUUGUUCCUUUUGUUUCUUACCUGCAAUAGGCUGUUGCUGAUGCCAAUAUAUUUCCAGUCCUGAUAGAGAUUUUACAGAAAGCAGAAUUCCGAACCAGGAAAGAAGCUGCAUGGGCAAUAACAAAUGCGACAUCGGGUGGAACCCCUGAACAGAUUAGGUACCUGAAUCAAGCUCUGGUAUCCUGUGAUAUUUAGAGUAACAGUAGUAUUGUUUUGCUGUGCCCUUUCUUGUCUAUGUAUAGUAAAAGUCUCCCUGGGGGCAUAAUAAUAAUAUAUAUUUUAAAGGUAUCUGGUGAACCUUGGCUGCAUCAAGCCUCUUUGUGACCUUCUUACGGUAAUGGAUUCGAAAAUAGUACAAGUAGCUCUGAGUGGACUGGAGAAUAUCCUGCGACUUGGAGAACAAGAAGCAAAGCAGGGUGGAAGUGGAAUCAACCCAUUCUGUGGACUGAUUGAGGAGGCGUAUGGUGAGGCUCAUUAUUGAAUAUGAUGCAUUUGUCUUUUAUUAAUGACUGAAGUGAGUGCUUGGUUUGGAGCAAAGAUGAGAUGAUAAAGGGAGGUGUGAUCUAAUUAUGUGUCUAUGUGGUUAAACUAAGCUAUAUGAACUAGAAAUAGAGGAAUGGUUAAUAAGUAUCUGGAACAGCAGGUGAGAAAUAGGAGAAGUGUAAAAAUAAAGCAGGGAAGGGGUUUUCAUAGCAUGAGCAAUCUUCACCUAUCACCAGUUGGAUUCUUGGCAGCUUGAAUCUGAAGAGCUUUGGUACUUUGGAUUGUCUGUGCUACAGAUUAAAGGAUCACUCCAAAAGCAUAAAGUAUUUCAGUGUGAAGUGCUCUCUUUUUUUCAUUUUACAAAAAUUGCAGAUUUCAACAGAAAUAGGCAAUUUUAUUAAUGCACUUUGUUACACCUUCUGGCUGUCAAUCACACAACAAGCCCUGUUACUACCUGGUAUGUUUAGCUCAGUGGAGCUAAACUCAAGAGGCAGACCAUUUCCUAGAGCACCUGCCUUGCAAAGAAUUCUCAUUGAGCUGAAUUGGGAAGUGUGUGAUUGGACAGCCACAGAAAGUCUGGGCAGGCGAUAUGAAUCGACCAAUAUUGAUUUAAAAAAAAAAUAAAUAAAUUUCAGAGCCGAUACCAAUAAUCUGUGAACUUUCAGGCCGAUAGCCAAUAACUUACCGACACCGAUAUUCUGUACAUUUACCAUUUUGAAAAAAUAAACUAUUUCUACACAAAUCUACUGUUAACCGUAAAUGUACAAAAUAUACAUGCCAGUCAGAAUUUACGUUUUCAAGAAUAUGUGUGUGUGUAGUGGAUGCAGUGAGAGUAUCUGAUUAGUGAAUGCAGUGUGUUUGUGUAGUGGAUGCAAUGUGUGUGUUUGUGAGGUGUGUGUGUAUAGUGAAUGCAGUGUGUGUAUAGUGAAUGCAGUGUGUGUAUAGUGAAUGCAGUGUGUGUUUGUGUAGUGUGUAUAGUGAAUGCAGUGUGUGUUUGUGUAGUGUGUAUACAAUGAAUGCAGUGUGUGUUUGUGUAGUGUGUAUACAAUGAAUGCAGUGUGUUUGUGUAGUGUGUAUACAAUGAAUGCAGUGUGUUUGUGUAGUGUGUAUACAAUGAAUGCAGUGUGUUUGUGUAGUGUGUAUACAAUGAAUGCAGUGUGUUUGUGUAGUGUGUAUACAAUGAAUGCAGUGUGUUUGUGUAGUGUGUAUACAAUGAAUGCAGUGUGUUUGUGUAGUGUGUAUACAAUGAAUGCAGUGUGUUUGUGUAGUGUGUAUACAAUGAAUGCAGUGUGUUUGUGUAGUGUGUAUACAAUGAAUGCAGUGUGUGUUUGUGUAGUGUGUGUAUACAAUGAAUGCAGUGUGUGUUUGUGUAGUGUGUGUAUACAAUGAAUGCUGUGUGUAUACAAUGAAUGCAGUGUGUUUGUGGUGUGUGUGUAUAGUGAAUGCAGUGUGUGUAUAGUGAAUGCAGUGUGUGUAUAGUGAAUGCAGUGUGUGUUUGUGUAGUGUGUAUACAAUGAAUGCAGUGUGUGUUUGUGUAGUGUGUAUACAAUGAAUGCAGUGUGUUUGUGUAGUGUGUAUACAAUGAAUGCAGUGUGUUUGUGUAGUGUGUAUACAAUGAAUGCAGUGUUUGUGUAGUGUGUAUACAAUGAAUGCAGUGUGUUUGUGUAGUGUGUAUACAAUGAAUGCAGUGUGUUUGUGUAGUGUGUAUACAAUGAAUGCAGUGUGUUUGUGUAGUGUGUAUACAAUGAAUGCAGUGUGUUUGUGUAGUGUGUAUACAAUGAAUGCAGUGUGUUUGUGUAGUGUGUAUACAAUGAAUGCAGUGUGUUUGUGUAGUGUGUAUACAAUGAAUGCAGUGUGUGUUUGUGUAGUGUGUGUAUACAAUGAAUGCAGUGUGUGUUUGUGUAGUGUGUGUAUACAAUGAAUGCUGUGUGUAUACAAUGAAUGCAGUGUGUUUGUGUGGUGUGUGUAUAGUGAAUGCAGUGUGUGUUUGUGUGGUGUGUGUAUACAAUGAAUGCAGUGUGUGUUUGUGUGGUGUGUGUAUACAAUGAAUGCAGUGUGUGUUUGUGUAGUGUGUGUAUACAAUGAAUGCAGUGUGUGUUUGUGUAGUGUGUGUAUACAAUGAAUGCAGUGUGUGUUUGUGUAGUGUGUGUAUACAAUGAAUGCUGUGUGUAUACAAUGAAUGCAGUGUGUUUGUGUGGUGUGUGUAUAGUGAAUGCAGUGUGUGUUUGUGUGGUGUGUGUAUACAAUGAAUGCAGUGUGUGUUUGUGUGGUGUGUGUAUACAAUGAAUGCAGUGUGUGUUUGUGUGGUGUGUGUAUACAAUGAAUGCAGUGUGUGUUUGUGUGGUGUGUGUAUACAAUGAAUGCAGUGUGUGUUUGUGUGGUGUGUGUAUACAAUGAAUGCAGUGUGUGUUUGUGUGGUGUGUGUAUACAAUGAAUGCAGUGUGUGUUUGUGUGGUGUGUGUAUACAAUGAAUGCAGUGUGUGUUUGUGUGGUGUGUGUAUACAAUGAAUGCAGUGUGUGUUUGUGUGGUGUGUGUAUAUAAUGAAUGCAGUGUGUAUGUAAUUAAUGCGGUGUGUGUUUGUGUAGUGUGUACAUAUUGAAUGAAGUGUUUGUGGAGUGUGUAUAUAAUGAAUGCAGUGUGUGUUUGUGGAGUGUGUAUGUAAUGAAUGCAGUGUGUGUUUGUGGAGUGUGUGUAUACAAUGAAUGCAGUGUGUGUUUGUGUGGUGUGUGUAUAUAAUGAAUGCAGUGUGUAUGUAAUUAAUGCGGUGUGUGUUUGUGUAGUGUGUACAUAUUGAAUGAAGUGUUUGUGGAGUGUGUAUAUAAUGAAUGCAGUGUGUGUUUGUGGAGUGUGUAUGUAAUGAAUGCAGUGUGUGUUUGUGGAGUGUGUGUAUACAAUGAAUGCAGUGUGUGUUUGUGUGGUGUGUGUAUAUAAUGAAUGCAGUGUGUAUGUAAUUAAUGCGGUGUGUGUUUGUGUAGUGUGUACAUAUUGAAUGAAGUGUUUGUGGAGUGUGUAUAUAAUGAAUGCAGUGUGUGUUUGUGGAGUGUGUAUGUAAUGAAUGCAGUGUGUGUUUGUGGAGUGUGUAUAUAAUGAAUGCAGUGUGUGUUUGUGGAGUGUGUAUAUAAUGAAUGCAGUGUGUGUUUGUGGAGUGUGUAUAUAAUGAAUGCAGUGUGUGUGUUUGUGUAGUGUGUGUGUGUGUUUGUGUAGUGUGUGUGUGUAUAGUGAAUGCAUUGUUUGUGUAGUGUGUGUGUAUAGUGAAUGCAGUGUUUGUGUAGUGUGUGUGUGUAUAGUGAAUGCAGUGUUUGUGUAGUGUGUGUGUGUGUAUAGUGAAUACAGUGUGUGUGUUUGUGGAGUGUGUGAAUAGUGAAUGCAGUGUGUUUGUGUAGUGUGUGUGUUUAUGCAGUGAAUGUUUGUGUAGGUAUGUAAUAUAUAUAAUUGGGCAGUGGAGUGUCCCUUUAAGAUGUGGAAAUACACUCUUAGUCUGAGAGAUAAGGGUAAACACCUGAUGAAGUUCACAAAGGAAGAAUUAAAAAAUACAUAGGAGAAGCAGACAAUUUGAAAUAUUAGCAAUAUUAUUUAUUGUAGGCCUAGCAGAGAAAACAUCACUGCAGAUGAAGGAAUGUUUCAUAGCAUUCAUGUACAAGUGUGAAUACCAUUGCUACAUUAGUUUCACAAAUGCCAAAGAAAAAAGUUACUUGGGCAUUAUAAUCUAAAUCCCUUUCUAUAUAUUUUAAUAAAUGGAGGUUAUUUAGUAACUCCAAUGGCCAUCAGAUGUGAACCCACCUACAACAUCAAGGCAAACUAUUCACCUUGCUUCCUUGAGCUUCAGGUAAAGAAAUCUCUGAGACAGAGAGUGAUAUUUUUCUAAACCCCUACAUACUUAUUAACCAUUGAUAGGAAAUGGGAUGGGCGGCAGCACUGUAACAUGACUGUGUGAUACAAAAGCAAAUACAUAAAAAUAAGGCCUGUGCUCAGACUCCCACUAUUCCUGGGUGGAAGCAAAAAUCCCUGUACAUAUGUAGAUAAAUGGAGGUUUUUAGUUGCACUCCAAUGGCCAUUAGAUGUAAGCCCAUCUGCCACGUCAAGGCAAAACCUCUUAGGUGGUUCCUACACUAACAGAUUCACAAAUGCUUGAACUGAUAUCAAUCAAGUCCUUGGAGCACAUUUUAUGCAAAACAUCUGCUUAGCCUUGGUCGUAAACAUUCAGCCAACAUUAAUAAUCAGGUUAACGUGUGUCUACACUCUCUUGUUUUGUUCAGUUUUAAAAGAAAUUAUGUCUGACCAUAACAUGGUAAUCCUACUUGCCCGUGUGUGCUAUAUGGUUUAAAUGUUCAUUUUUAUAAUUCUAGGGCUGGACAAAAUAGAGUUUCUCCAGAGCCAUGAAAACCAGGAAAUCUACCAAAAGGCUUUUGAGUUGAUUGAACAUUACUUUGGGGUAGAGGAGGAUGACCCCCAGCUGGUCCCAUCAGUUGAUGAAGCUCAGCAACAGUACAUCUUUCAGCAGACUGAAGCCCCCAUGGAAGGAUUCCAGCUGUGAGCUGAGAACCCACUGGAUAUUCAAAGUCCCCUACCUCUACAUCUUUUUUUGUAAUGUGGAGAAAGGGGUCAGAGAAGCAUCUCUCCACUCCUGGAGUAUAUGAAAGUUUCAUUUUUUGUUCAUGCAGAGAAAGCUGUGAUUCUACUGGGUGUCUGAAUGCCAGAGUAUAAACUCUACAUGCUCAACCUAAUGCUGCUUUCUGAAGUUGGUGUAUUCCUAUACUGACCUGGCCCUGAACCUUCAAUGCUUCUUCAAAAUUAUUUUUUUGUUGGGGGUGGGAGGGGGGUGUUUAGAGGAAUUAAAUCAGACUAAAUUUAAAAAAACAGACUGGAAAUGUUAGAAGAAGGGCGCCGAGUUUUCCCUUUAUUGUGUUGUGGGUCAAAGCGCAGAAGGAUACGUACAAUUUUUUUGGGUGGAUUUGAUGGGAAAAAUCUAAGUAUUAAAAAAAACAAAAAAACAAUAAAAUAAAAUGACCUAACCGGUUUCAUAGUAAUGACACAGGAGGGAGGGAUUUGUAUAGCCUCCUUUAUCAUUAGAAAACUCUGCAACUUAUUUAUGGUGAUAUAGUCAGAAUAGCAGAAAUUAUAUCAGGAGUGGGAUUUCCACAUACCCACACCAUUAUUUAUCUCUGGAAGCAUCAGGGAACAUAGUGGUAACUCCAACUCCUGAGUGCCUUAUUAAGCGCUUCCGAUGGCCUGCUCUGCAGAGGUUUACCGUUUUUUGCCAAGGUUUUAUUGGCUAUUAAUGGUGUUUGUCACUAUAGAGUGAAAGGUGUGCAAAAAUAUAAAAUACCUUCGUGAAGGGCAUUGCACACCUAGUUAAUUCAGUACUGGAGAAGGUGGUUUUUGAGUGCUGUGCUCCACCUGAACAUUUCAAGCACUGUCUCUAACAUCCAGAUGUGUCCCAUUUCUUCUAAUAAAAUGUGACUGUGGCCUGCACUGAUGUGAAAUGCAGAAAGUAUAUAUCUACUUGAAUUAAAAAGAUAUUUAGCUGGCUUCAUAUCCAAUCUUUCUUUUAUUGCAUUCAAACGGCUAUGUGCAAUGUUUGUGACUAUCCAUCCUACUGGAUAUUUUGACUAAAAAAGCCUGUGACCACAGUGUGUGCAAGUAAUGACUAAACUUGGCACUAUAUAUUUGUAAACAGCAUUUGCAAAUUGCUUUUAUUUUACACUAUGGCUCAGAGGCUGCCUUGUAAGCUAGAGUGUAAUUAGUUUUAAUUUUUAAUAUGG